AUGGCUUUCGCAGAGCGUCCCGCCGAUUGUCUCCGUGGAACACCCGCAGACCCUCCACGCACGCCUGCCUACUCCGCCAUCCUGGCUUCCUUGAAGGACCAUCCGCUCCCCCCACGGUCCCCGCGGCCGACGAUCGACCUGCUCAAAUCGGCCCUCCGCCGCUCCCGAGGCCUGCUCAUCUUCGCAAGCCUCGCGACCCUCUUCCUCUACACAUUCUCCUUCUUGGACGGCCCCGUCGGACUCGGGAUCGAUGCGUAUUGGCAGCAGUGGGCGCCGGGACGACGGGUGCUGGAGGAGCUGCCGGAGUACUGCUACGACCCGUACCGGCUGCCGGGGUAUGUGGAGCGCUCGGAGCUGCCUGAGGGCCCGAUCAGCAGCGUGACGUGGAUCGCGAGCAACCCGGGUGCGAAGGGCCGGCUGGCGCGGCCGAGCGGGGAGGACGGGCAGGCGGCGUUCGUGGUGCCGACGCUGUCGGCGCGGCUGCUGGCGGACCCAGGGGCGGACGAGCUGGGCUUCCUGCGCAACCGGACGGUGCUCUUCGUGGGCGACUCGCUCGACCGCAACGCGGUCUACCAUCUCGCCCAGGAGACCUUCGGCCCGGGCGCGCACCGCUUCCUGGGGCCCCAGGACGCCCCGGAGGCCGCUGCGCCGGCCCACGACUCGCACCGGAUCGGGCUCGGCGUCCACCCCGGGCUCGGCUUCACCGUCGCCAACUGGUUCCUCAUGAGCGUCGACAUCGACCGCCCCAGCACGCCCUUCUUCCAUGCCGGCGAGGACCCGCCCCAGCUCUUCGAGGGCCGCUUCGAGACCUUCUACGAGCCCCUCCUCCGCACACAGCCCCCGCUGAUCCCCCCGCCCGACAUGGUCGUCUUCAACUCCGGCCUCUGGGACCUCGUCUUCCUCUCCAACCUCAAAGACCACCAGAUCGCCCAGAACCGCUCCCAGGGGAUCAUGUCCCCGCUCCAAGUGACCGGCAAGGAGCUGCUCGGCCCCGCCGAGAUCGCCCGCCACUCCGCCCGCUUCAACGCCUUCCUCGACAAGCUCCUCUUCCACACCUUCAACCACACUCUCCCCGCGAAACCCACCCGCUUCGUCUACAGGACCAUGCCUGACUCCUCCCUCGUCCUUGCCAAAGAUAACGCCAUGUCCCGCAAACGCGUCCGCCAGAUCGACGCCCUCAACCUGCGCCUCAUCCACGCCUUCAACGCCCGCCAACUCGCCCACAAAGGCCCCACACAACGCACGCUCAUCGACGUGCUGGACUGGACCUGGGUCUCCAGUCAGCUGCUCGACGAGCUCAUCGACCUGGUCCACUUCGGCCGGGGGGCCACCCAAUGGCUGUACGGAGACAUGGUGCUGCACCACCUGCGACGACACGUCGUCGGUCAAGAACUCGCCGCCGGCUUCCGCAUCCGCGGCGCCGCUCCCGCCCCGUCAGCCGACCAACUCCGCCGCGCGCUCGUCUGGAGAGACUGUCGCCGGUUCGGCCGGCUCGUGCUCAGCCUCAACCGCUCCGGAACUGCCCGCGGCCCCCGUCUGUCCCGCUCGCUCUUCAACCCCUAA